UAGUUUAAAAGAUUCGUGUCAGUAGUAUUCAGCUGAACAUUUUUUGUACGAUAUUGCUUUAUUUCUUAUAUUAGAGUAAAGAAAAUUAUCUGUUACCCUUGGAAAGCUUUGGCCUACGGUAUACGGUGGUAAUCAGAUGACCAUGAACAGCAAUGGUAAAUUGCUAUCUGUCCUCCAGACAGUGUGUCGCUGUUCACUGCGACAUAAGGCAACAACUGCCACUGCAGUGAAGCCAUUCUUCUACCAGGACAUCUUGCAAUUCGAAAGACCCCAUGAUACCCCAUUUAAGAAAUUAACAGGUGACUAUGUGUCUACGUUUGAGGUGAAGGGGAAGAAAUGUCUUAAUGUUGAACCAGAGGCUCUAACUUUGAUCUCAGAACAAGCAAUGAUUGAUGUGGCCCACUUAUUAAGACCAGCUCACCUGCAGCAACUAUCCAAUAUACUGAAGGAUCCAGAGGCAUCAGAGAAUGACCGUUAUGUUGCUCUUGAAUUUCUAAAAAAUGCUAAUGUUGCAGCAGGAAUGGUACUUCCUGGGUGUCAGGAUACAGGCACAGCAAUUAUAAUGGGUAAAAAAGGUCAGUAUGUUUGGACAGAUGGAAAUGAUGCCGAGGCAUUAUCCAAAGGUGUAUACAAUACUUACACCAAGAAAAAUCUAAGAUAUUCACAGGUUGCACCACUGGAUAUGUAUAAAGAGGCAAACACUGGUACCAACCUGCCAGCUCAGAUAGAAAUUUAUUCCACUAACAGUAAUCAGUACGACUUCCUGUUCAUUGCUAAAGGAGGAGGGUCAGCCAACAAGACAUUCUUGUAUCAGCAAACAAAAGCCCUCCUCAACCCUGAAAAACUGAUGAGUUUUGUUAAUGAGAAAAUAAAGACAUUAGGUACAGCUGCUUGUCCACCUUAUCAUUUGGCCAUUGUUAUAGGAGGAACUUCAGCAGAAUUCAACUUAAAAACUGUGAAAUUAGCAUCCACCAAAUACCUUGAUAGCAUCUUCAAGUCAGGAAAUGAACACGGAAGAGGUUUCCGUGACUUAGACAUGGAGAAGAAGAUCCAUGAAUUGACACAGAAGACAGGAAUUGGGGCUCAGUUUGGGGGUAAAUAUUUCUGUCAUGAUGUGAGGGUGGUGCGACUGCCUCGUCACGGUGCUUCCUGUCCAGUAGGAAUAGGCGUGUCCUGUUCAGCUGACAGACAGGUUUUAGGGAAAAUAACAGAAGAUGGAGUCUUCCUUGAGCAACUGGAGACAAACCCUUCAAAGUACAUGCCAGAGGUUCAGGAGAAAGAUCUCACUACAGAGGUUGUUCAGGUUAAUUUAAAUGAUGGUAUGGAUAAGAUACUGAAAUCAUUAGACAAGUAUCCGGUGAAGACCAGGUUAAGUUUGUCAGGUACCCUUAUAGUAGCCCGAGAUAUAGCCCACGCCAAGCUUCAGGAGAGACUGAGAACAGAGGGUUCUCUGCCACAGUACUUCAAGGACCACCCGGUAUAUUAUGCAGGACCAGCCAAGACUCCAGAGGGACUUCCGUCUGGAUCUUUUGGUCCUACAACAGCUGGGAGGAUGGACUCGUAUGUAGAUGAAUUUCAGAAAGCAGGAGGAAGCAUGGUUAUGUUGGCAAAAGGCAACAGAAGUAAACAGGUGACAAAGGCCUGUAAGGGCAAUGGUGGAUUCUACCUGGGGUCCAUUGGUGGACCAGCUGCUAUAUUGGCACAAAACUGUAUCAAGAAAGUGGAGCAGCUGGAAUACCCAGAAUUAGGAAUGGAGGCUGUGUGGAGAGUUGAAGUGGAGAACUUCCCAGCUUUCAUUGUUGUAGAUAAUAAAGGCAAUGAUUUCUUCGAGGAGUGGUCUGUGGAGUAAUUAUAAGUUCAAGAAGAGAAAUGCUACAAUUGCUCUGCCAGACUGAAAGAGUUACAAAUAACGUGUUUUUAUUAAAUGUACUUUACACUCCCAUAAUUCUCUGUGGCUACUGCGUAACCAUUGCUUUGAUUAGAAAAAAAAUCAUGCAUUAUCCACAUAUACAUAUAAAUUGCUUGUGAUUUAAUAUUAAAUUUUAAUAAAUUUGUUAUUUAUUUA